GCCACCGAGAAGAAAAAAAAAAUCUCGUCGGCUCCACCCAUGACACACCCACGGGCGCGCGCUCCACCGCAGCAGCACGCGAAACCCUCGCCGGCGAUGGCCUCCGCCCGGCUCGCCGGCCGGGGCGGGGCUCACCACCACCAGUGGGGGGAGGCCCGCGCCCCGCUCGCGCCCGUGGCCCCCAGUUCUGACCCUGGCUUUGGCUACCCCCUCCAGCGGCGCGCCAACGGCUCGAGCUCGGCCACGAGGCCGCCGCUGGGGGCCUCCCCGGCGUCCGGCUAUGUGGCGCUGCGGCCGGGCGAGAUGGCCCACCGCGAGGCCCGCGCACUGCUGCGGGACCGCCUCGCCGGGGAGCUCGGCCAGGUCCGCGCCCUCAUCGCCCGGAUCGACACGUGGCAGCAGCAGGGUCAGCCGAAGCGGCGUGGGUCGCCGCCUCGCCGGGACUUCCCCCCGCCUCCGGCGAAGCUCGUGGCGGCGAUGCGGAAGCGGUGCGACCAGAUCCUGGCGAAGCUGCGGAAGGACAAGCGGAGCAUCUGGUUCAACGCCCCCGUGGAAGUCGACCGCCUCGGGCUCCACGACUACCACACCGUCAUCAAGUGCCCCAUGGAUCUCGGCACGGUCAAGGCGAAGCUCGCCGCCGGAAGGUACCCCUCGCACGACACCUUCGCCGACGACGUCCGGCUCACGUUCAACAACGCGCUGCGGUACAACCCUGCCGGCCACGAGGUCCACACCUUCGCCGGCGACCUCCUGGCUUCAUUUGAGAAGAUGUACAAAGCGUCAGUGUCUUGGUUCGAGCAGGAACUCAAGCUCCUUGAGCCACUGAUGCCAGUGCCACCAGAAUUGCCAUCGGCAAUAGCUCCGGCCCAGGUGAAACCAAAGGCAGGGAAUGUGAAAAUGCGGAAGCCAAAGGCAAGGGAGCCGAACAAGAGGGAGAUGACCCUGGAGGAGAAGAACUUGUUGAGGCUUGGGUUGGAGAGCUUGCCGGAGGAGAAGAUGCACAAUGUGCUGCAGAUUGUGCGGAAGAGGAAUGGCAAUCCAGAGCUGGUUGGUGGUGAGAUCGAGCUGGAUAUUGAUGAGAUGGAUGUUGAGACACAGUGGGAACUUGAUCGAUUUGUCAACAACUUUAAGAAGGCGCUCAACAAGAGUCGACGGGCUGCCAUUGUGAAUGGUGAAAAUGCCGAUGUCAUUGAUGCUUCCGUGGCUACCGAUAGUGAUGUGCUGGUGAAUAGCAGUGCCCCUACGAUGGUGGACAACGGUGAUGUGGUCAUGGAAAUAGAGAACAAGGAUCAUGAAAGGAGUACUACACUGGCUGAGCAGUUAGAUGAGUAUGUAGAUAUUGGGGAUGAAAUGCCAACAGCAACCUACCAAUCAGUGGAGAUUGAGAAGGAUGCUGAGGUCGUGAGCAGUGGCUCCUCAUCAUCCAGUGAUUCGGGGAGCUCAAAGGACAGUGUCUCAGAAUCUGGCAAUGCCCACUCCCUGAUAUAAUGCAGUCGUUCUAACAUUAGGAUUCAAGUAGGUGGGUGAUUAAUUUCCAUUUGUGUGAUUGUUGUAGAGGCACCAAAAGUGUAGAUGUUUUGUAAGUUGAUUAGGAGGAGUGGGUAUCUGCUUGGAUUUAGUCAAGAUAGUAUGUAGUGGGUGAAUUGGCUUUGUGGGUAUUCUGAUAGCGCAGGUUUUCUUUGUACAUAUAGUAAGUGAUAAGUGGAGACCACGGUAGCAAUUGGUAAACUUGUCAUUCGUCAGGCUUUCUGAUCUGAAGAAGUGGACAUGGUUCAUUUGGGUGUCUAUCCUUCUCAAUACAGUUGUUUUGUUACAACUGUCAUAUACCCUUAAUACUCUUCUAAUAAUUUGAUGU